UGUGCUCGGCCUGACGAGCGAAAACGUCAUUGUACGUGACUAAUCUCACCUUUAGCCAGCUACCUAGGCAGCCUAUAUAACCUUCCAGGUUCCAACUCAACCUCUACCAUGCAAGCACUCCUCACCACUCCCGUCUUUUUCUUCCUAUUUAUCGCAACCACCAUGGCUGAAAACCUCACCCGCUACCACACUGCGCCCCCUUCGAACGCGAUCAUCAUAUACGACCGUCAAACCCUCAACGACCUGGCUCGAGCCAACGCCGACGGCCUUCUCUGGGACGAAAACGGCGGGUACUACCUCAAGACCGCAGGCAACGAGAUCAUCGCCGUGGCGGCGGAUGCCCUGUGCACGGAGCUGGACGCCGCGCAUGCCAGCGCAGCCGCUACUUGGGCCGAGCGCAAUCUCAAUGGCAACGACAAGGAAGUCGCUGCCGCAGCACCUGCGAGCCAGAAGGAUGCUGAUGUCACUAAGAGCGGCGCGAACCUCGCUUGCUAUCCGCAUUGUGCUCGCGGUAAGUGCAGUCACCCGCGCUGCUUUACAAAUGCGCUUUGUACGACGUACAACUACUGCCAUAUAUGCUCAGGCUCUUAUAAGUAUUGUAUUUAGAUUGAAGGCAAUUUCGGGCGUUUGAGAGAUUGAGUUCUGGAAAUGGUGCUGGGGUGGGGAAUGAAAGGAGUUCGUUCGUCCAUGGAAGCCAAGUCUGGCUCUCUUAA